GCGGCGUUUGCAUGCGAUGCGCAAAGGCGCCGCCGCAGCUAAGCGACUGCAGCUGCAGCAGCUACGUCAGCAGCGGCAGCAACAACAACUACUGCUUGCCACGGAUGUCGCAUCGUCGUCGUCGGCAUCUUCUCGCCUGGCUGCGGCACUGAUAUCCUCAGCGGUGGCUCUGAGUGCUGCAUCAACCUCUGUCGCGGCUGCCUCCUCGACUGCCUCGGCGAGCCUUGUAAAUAAUCAUCAUCAAAGCCAUAUGCAACAACACAGUUCGUCACGCCCUCACCAUCAGUCACAGCACUUGCAACACACACAGCAACAACAACAACAAUCACACCAGCACUCACACAGACAUCACCACCAUCAGCCAAAUCAUUCGCACAAUCAUCAUCAGUGUCGCUCGAAACGCAAACUUCAAAAAUUGUAUUAUACGCUUUGCCGUUAGACUUGUACACCUAAUUAAUAAUUAUCUAUACAUACAAUUUAUGCAACUAAUUUCGUUUAAGAGUAGCUUAAGUUUCACUACUCAAUUCUCUGCAUAUAUCUACACAUAUAUGAGCAACAAAACAAACAUAUGUACAAUGUAUGUAUAUGUUUUCCCCUUUUGCAUGUCAAUUGCAUAAAAAUGAAAAAGUCUAAUUGUAAAUUUUUCGUCAUUUUAUGUUUAAUGUCCAAAGUAUUUAUUUAUUUCCCAAUUUUUUUUCUAUCUUCAUAUAUUCUAUAAUUUAUAUUUUAAUUGGCUGAAAUUGAAGCUGAAGCAACAUCUCGUCAGUGCAAUAAUAUUUAAUUUUUUUUAGUUUAUAUUCUUCAAUAAACAAAUUUUCCACUAUCAUCUAUUUAUUUAAAAUGUAUACGCAUUGCAAUCACACUUAGACGUUUCGUUCGAUGAAUUUAAAUAAGGGAAAAGUAAUAUAAAAUAAACCCACACAAACAGAGAGCCGCAAGCAUCCAAACAAUAUUCAACAUAUUAAAAAAAAAAAAGCAAAAACAAAAAACUCUGAUUAAGUAUUACUUAGCGUUAAGUAAGCAUAAUUUAAGUUCAAAAUAAAUACAACAUAUAGGCUUAUAAAAAACAUAAAGAAACCUUAAAAGUAAUGCCUUUAAUGUACUUUAUUUAAUGAAUUUUGUAAGAUGACAAAAUCGAUUUGCUCUAUGUAUUGUGUACGUAGUUUUCCUUUUGUACUGCGAAAUUGAAGCAGCCCCCAUCUCAAUGAAAAUAAAAACAAAAACAAUUUUUACAUUACAAAAACGUUCCUUAAAAACACCGUUAAUUCCCUAUCUAUCACAUACUUAUACAACAGAUAAACACGAGCAGCUGACUAAACAAAGCGUGUGUGUUUAAUACAAAUACAUAGUGAUGACAUACUCAAAAUCUUGCUAUUAAUCCGACAACAGUUUCGUACCUUUGUAGAAUUUGCAGUUCAAAAUUGUCAGUAAAAAUUGUUCGGCUUGAAAGAAUUUUAAAACCAAAAAUGAAGACACAUUAAAUGCUUAUGUUGAUAAGAGCAUUAAGUUGUGCUAUGAAUCUUCUUAAUUAUAAAAUAGAGUUCUCUGUAUAACAGGCUACUGAUUUAUGUGAGUCUGGUAAUAAAACAAAUUCAAUUUAAA